AGUAUACAAGAGCUGACGCUCACUUGAAACUCUAUAAAACCAGUCAAGAGCUGGUUAUGUUGACAACUCAGUUCAGUGGAUCUCUGUUAUCAACAAAGUAAGGUUAUGAAAUUGUAGUGUGUGUGUUUGUGUGCCUUCACAUGGUGAAUGUUUCUCUAAGUUUAGGUCAUUGACAGUGAAUUGAACCUUGUUAUAAUUAUCAAGUGAUUGAAGGUAGUUUCUGUAGCAUACAAGAAUAUUGAAGAGAAAAAAAACCCGAAAAUGAACGCCUUCGGUUACGAGGUAUCUUGGUUCGACAUCUUCUUCCUAGUUGUCAGCCUAGUGUCCAUAAUCUACUACUUCGGCAUCAACACAUUCAGCCACUGGGAGAAAAAGGGCAUCAAAUUCAUGAAACCGGUGCCCUUCUUCGGGAACACCCUGGAUCUGGCCAUGGGCCGACAACACAUCACCACCUGUCAUCAGGUUAUCUAUGACUACUUCGCUGAUGACGCCUAUGGUGGCUGGUUCGCCAACCGAUCUCCACUACUUAUGGUCAAAGAUCCUGAACUCAUACAACAGAUCCUUGUCAAAGAUUUUGUACAUUUCUAUGAUCGUGGAACAACAGUUGAUAUGAAACUAGACCCACUGAACGCGAAUCUGUUAAACAUGACGGGACAACGCUGGAAAGCUCUGCGACAAAAACUGACACCAGCGUUCAGUUCUGGAAAACUGAAACUGAUGUCCCCCCAGUUCAACGAGUGUGUCGAUGAUUUAUGCGGAUUGAUCGACGAGAAAUCAAACAAAAAAGAGUUGAUCGACGUGCAAGAAUCGAUGUCAAAACUGGCCACCGACGUGAUAGGCUCCUGCGCGUUUGGUCUGCAAUUCAAUUCCCUGAAAAACCCAGAAUCCGAGUUUCGUCGCAUGGGACGCGACAUACUGAGACCUUCGUGGCGCUUCAAGGUGAGGACUUUCAUGAGGGUCAUCAGUGACAGUCUGCCGUCCUUGCUCGGGGUCAAGGCCUUCGACAAAUCCAAGGAGGACUUUUUCAUCAACCUGGUCAACGACACCAUGAAGUAUAGAGAGGACAACAAGGUGGAACGCAAUGACUUCAUUCAGAUUUUGAUGAAUCUCAAGAAAAUCGACGAGAAUAUGGAGAUAGAUCCCAACAACGAAAGUCAUGUUAUUCUUGACGAUAAACUACUAGCAGCCAACACAUUUAUCUUCUUCAUUGCGGGGUUUGAGACGACCGCCACCACACUAACAUUCAGCAUGUACGAACUGGCAGUCAACCAAGAUAUACAAAACAAGCUGCGUCAAGAGGUGCAGACAACCUUCGAGAAAUAUGGAGCAAUAAACUACGACUCAACUAAAGAUAUGGACUACUUAGACCGCGUCAUUUCUGAGACACUCAGAAAAUACCCGAUUGCCGGUUCACUGAUAAGGCGUUGCACUAAGGCAUGGCAGGUGCCCGGGGCAAAGGGUAAACUGGAAGUGGGGGACAGGGUAGUAAUUCCAGUCUACCCCAUCCACCAUGACCCCAAAUACUACCCUGAACCUCAAAAGUUCGACCCAGAACGGUUCACUGAAGAAAACAAGAGGUCAAGACCCCCUUGCACCUAUAUGCCGUUUGGAGAUGGGCCUCGAAUUUGUAUAGGAGCAAGAUUCGCCCUCCAGGAGCUGAAAACGACUCUAAGCUCUAUACUGCUGCAUUAUAAGUUGACACUGAAUGAAAAAAGCAAAGCAACACUACCACUGAAAAUGAAACCUCGACGAAUACUAAUGCAGUCUGAGCAUGAAAUUUACAUUAAUUUCACCAAAAUAAAGUAGAUUAAUUCACAAAAAAAUUAGUAAAUAUUUCUAUGUUUUGAGUUUUACCAAGAAUGAAAAAUGUUGGACUUUCAAAGAUCUGUAUCUUUUCUAUAUGGUUUCUCCAAAAAUAAGAUAUUUAAAAGAAAUGAGUGACCAACAUCAUGAGUGAUCAUGUAUUGUACUGAGUGACCAACAUUAUGUAUAGUACUUGAUACAUAUUUUAGUAGAUCCUACAACCUUCUAAAUUGAACAGUGUGAAUACUCUACACUCCUGAGGGUGAUACCCACAUGAGCUCCAGACUUGUGCGUGGGUAAUGCAUUGAAUGAUGAUUAGAGGUGAGUGGACCUUCAGCCUAAAGUGGGUUCCGAACCAACGGGAAGCGAUUUUCAAAUAAAUAAGUUCUUUGUCAUGAUUUCAUACCAAAGCCUCAUGUCAUUAUAAACUUUGAUUUAUGAAUUUAUCCUAAGAAAAUUCUAUAUACUUUUAUAAGAAUGUAUCAAUUAAGUUUAGUUGGUAAUACGUAAAUUGUCUCAUAAUCAUAAGGAACUAAGAUAAAAAUUCAUAAUUAUUUAUGGAUCAGGUUUAGUUUAUAAUAUGUAAAUAAAAGCAAUAAAACGUAUUUGACUGAAAUGGAA